GUUCGUGUAUUCGUUUGUAGAAGAACGAGAAGAGCUUGAAGAAGUUAAUGUAUGACUGACGUUCAGCAAAUGGUGUGGUUGUGACCCGCCAAAACUACCCAUUAGUCAGCACAAUUUAUUUAAGCGAACAGUUUCUUUUCUGUUGACUAACCAGUCAAGAAUCAAUUUAGAUGUAUGUGGCGACAGCUCUGACGGGUGUUACUGUCGUGAUCGUACUUUUAGUGUAUUGGCUAAGGGCUCGAAAAGACCCUUCUAAGCCAAGGAUUUGUAUCCUAGUACUUGGAGACAUCGGCAGAAGUCCUCGCAUGCAGAAUCAUGCACUUUCUUGUACAAAGGCAGGCUUUCGGGUGGAUAUGGUUGGGUUCGGAGGGUCUAAUCCUAUCAAGGAACUAGCAGAGAGUGAAAAAGUCAUAAUAAAGACAUUACCAGAAUUUCCUGAAUUUCUGAAAGGAUUACCCAAAUUGCUGUUUUAUGCCUUGAAAGCAUUCAUUCAGUUUUUCCAGCUCUUUGUAACACUUCUUUGCUGUGGUUCCCAGUGUACCCAUUUGUUAGUUCAGAAUCCUCCAGCCAUCCCAUCUUUGGCAGCAGCCUGGUUCGUGAGUCUCCUCUGUGGUAGUAAAUUUAUCAUUGAUUGGCAUAACUAUGGGUUUACAAUUUUGGCUUUGGGAGUGAAGAGUACUGUUCACCCUCUGGUGAAGGUAGCCAAAUGGUAUGAAUUCUUUUGUGGAAGUAUGUCCUCAAUGAACCUGUGUGUCACUCGGGCAAUGCAGAGGGACUUGUGGGAAAAAUACGAAAUAAGAGCACACACUUUGUAUGAUAGGCCUCCAUUGCGGUUUCAUGAAAUGGAUCUUUCCACACAACACCAACUUUUUCUAAAGCUGUCCAAGGAAUAUGAAGUUUUCAGUGCACCAGAAAGUCCUUCAGAAUUCAAGAAUGAUGUAACUUCUAUGACAGCAUUUACAAUUCAGUUAAAAGAUGGUAGAGUUCUUUUCAGACAACACAGGCCUGCUCUACUUGUCAGCAGCACAAGCUGGACAGAAGAUGAAGACUUCUCAAUUUUACUGGAUUCUCUUGAAGGUAAGAACCACCUAAAAAUAUCAAAAAGGACUAACUGAACCUCUGUGUUUUUUCUGUUCUCCAUGACAGGCAAGGGACCUUUGAAGGAACACUAUAAAGCAAUAAUUAAUAAAAAGAACUUCAAACAUGUAAAAAUAUGCACCCCAUGGCUUGAGCCAGAAGACUACCCACGGCUGUUAGGUUCAGCUGACCUUGGUGUGUGUCUGCACAAGUCAUCAUCAGGUUUAGACUUGCCUAUGAAGGUUGUAGACAUGUUUGGUUGUGGCUUGCCAGUGUGUGCUAUACAGUUUGAGUGCUUGCAUGAGUUGGUCAAACAUGAGGAAAAUGGCCUGAUAUUCCGCGACAGUAUGGAGCUGACUCAACAAUUAAAGAAACUGUUUCGAGGCUUUCCCUCGAGCAAGCCAUUACUCACUAGUUACAGAGAGAACUUAGCCAGUUUCCAAAGAACGAGAUGGGAUGCGAGUUGGAAUAAAAUUGUUCUGCCAUUGCUAAAAGAGAGAUGAUACAUUUCAAAAUGUUCCUUGAAAUUCACCACAACGCCAAUUUAUGAUGAAAUACAACGCCUUGGAAGUCAACCUCUUGUGUGCUUUUCUUGGUUGAGAAAUGUUCGACUAUUUUUUUUAAGACCAGUAGAUAUCCAAAUGGGUUAUUUAGAUGAAGUCUGAUAUCAAGAGGACAGUAACUAAUGACCAUUAAAACUGUCUUUUUCACAACAAACUAAAUGACUAACAGCUGACGAAACUGACAAACAGUCGUCAGUGAUCAGUAAAUGGAAAAGAAAUUCGGAGGCCAUUGCGCCUUUGAGCUGUUUGUUUCAGAUUAAACCCAACUCUAAUUUCUCCGAUACACAGUUUCGAUGAAACGUAGAAGACUCCUACUUAGCUUCAUUUGCGCAAAAAUUACGCUGACACAUCAGAAAAAUUUUCCGUCAUUGCUGUGUCUUUUGGUUUUAUAUAUCAUAUAAUUCAAACAGUCAUCCUCCCAAACAACUUGGCCUCCCAGAGUCAGUGUUUCCAGCAGUUAAAGCAAACCGUCUCGUUCGUCAAACAGAAGCAUUCAAUUACACUGUUAGGAAAGAAUCCUCAGGAGUUGAUCACGGGCGGAUCCAGGUUGUUUUGAGGAGGGGGUGCACCAUUAAAGAAUAGCGUAACCGACUGGUGACCGGACGUAAACAAAUUGUAAUAGCGAAUACGAAGAAGGCUUUUGCCUAGGCAGUAACAUAAUAUGAACUGUUGAGAAUACAUAUCAAACGAUACGGUAGAA